AUGUCUUCUGAAUUUUCCAGCAUAUUCCUCUUCAUUAUUACUUUAGCUGAUAUGUUGUUGAAGUAUCUAGAGAUAGUUGAUGUUGUUAGUAUCCGUUUCUUUAGCGACCGAAUGAAAAAUUUUUUUUAUUCUUCUUUUUCUUCUUCUUCUUUCUUUUCUUUUUUUCUUUUUUUCUUCUUUUUCUUCCUCUUCUUCUUUCUCUUCUUCUUUUCUUCUUCUUUUCUCUUCUUUUCUCUUCUUCUUCUUUUUUUCUCUUCUUUUUCUUCUUUUCUCUUCUUCUUUUUCUUCUUCUUCUUCUUUCUCUUCUUCUUUUCUCUUCUUCUUCUUUUCUCUUCUUUUUCUUCUCUUCUUCUUCUUCUUUUCUCUUCUUCUUUUCUCUUCUUCUUCUUUUCUCUUCUUUUUCUUCUCUUCUUUUUCUUCCUUUCUCUUCUCCUUCUUUUCUCUUCUUUUUCUUUUCUUCUUCUUUUCUCUUCUUCUUCUUCUUUUCUCUUCUUUUUCUUCUUUUCUUCUUCUUCUUUUCUCUUCUUCUUCUUCUUUUUCUUUUUUUUUUCUUUUCUUUCUCUUCUUCUUCUUCUUCUUCUUCUUCUUCUUCUUCUUUCUCUUCUUCUUCUUUUCUUUUCUUCUUCUUUUCUCUUCUUCUUCUUCUUCUUUUCUCUUCUUCUUUUCUCUUCUUCUUCGUCGUCGUCGUUGUCGUCGUUCACGUUAUCUUUAAAAUAA